CCCUGCCCCUCGCACCCCAGCACUCCGUCACCCGCUCCUGAACCCUGGUGAGAAACCCGCCUCCAGCCGGGGAGCGAUGCGGGGCCAGGCAGGGAGCCUCCGGCGGGCGGGAGGACGCCGUGUUCUGACCCGGCAGCCCGGGAGGCUUCCCCAGGGCCCGCUCCGCCUCAGCCGCUGCGGGGAGGGCCGCUCCCGGGGGCUGGCGAGCGAAGCCCCGCUCCGCAGGCCGCCGCAGCGCCCGGGCCCCACCGGAGGUGUGCUGCCCGCCGGCCGAGCGCCGGCACCGCUGCCGCUGCCGCCCUGCUGUGAGGCCCGGGCCCGUCGGCAGAGCCCGGCCCGGGGGCUCCGGCCGGCAGCGGGCCCCGCUCCCCGGGGGCGCGGACUACAACUCCCAGCGCUCCGCGGCGCGGCGGCGGCCGAGGAAACGACAGCGGCUGCCCCGGGAGCCGAGUGCAGCCUCAGGCCGCAGCAUGAACGGCAGCGUGGCGGGCGGCGGCUCUUCCGAGCAGCUCAUCAGGCUCACCCGCAGGCCCUCAGGGCUGGGCUUCAACAUUGUUGGUGGGACAGAUCAGCAGUACAUAUCCAAUGACAGCAGCAUCUAUGUCAGCCGGAUCAAAAAGGAUGGGGCAGCUUACCUUGACGGCCGAUUACAAGAAGGAGAUAAAAUUUUAGCGGUCAAUGGCAGAGACUUGAAGGACUUGCGGCACAAGGAUGCUGUGGAGCUGUUCAGGAAUGCCGGCUGUGACGUGUCUCUGAGAAUUCAGCGCAGGUACUGGAUAAAUGAAUACACCUCCACCUUGGGGAUUGGUGUCUUCCACUCGGGCAUCGAGAUCUACGGCAGAGAGUUUGCCUACGGAGGGCAUCCCUAUCCUUUCAGUGGGAUUUUUGAGAUCACCCCUGGCAGUGCAGUAGAACUUGGCGAGACCUUUAAAUUCAAAGAAUCCAUUGCCUUGGGCACUACAGACUUCACAGAAGAGGAUGUGGAUAAGAUUAUGGAAGAGCUGGGCAAGGAGUACAAAGGCAACGCCUACCACCUGAUGCACAAGAACUGUAAUCACUUCUCUGCUGCUCUGGCUGAGAUCCUAUGUGGGAAAGAGAUCCCCCGCUGGGUGAACCGCCUGGCCUACUUCAGCUCGUGCAUCCCCUUCCUCCAGAGCUGCCUCCCCAAGGAGUGGCUGACCCCAGCAGCCCUGCAGAGCCACAUCAGCCUCGGCCUCCACAAGGAGGAGCAGGGGGACACAACAGAUGAGGAGUCCCCCUCCACCUCCACGGCCCCCUCAGCCUCAGGCACCUCGCGAACCUGCAGGCAUACCCGGGUCUAAACUGUGCCCAGUAUGCCCUCAAAUAACAUCUUCCUCCUCUCUUGUACUAUUUCUUUCUAACACAUUUUUGCACACCUUCAUUUCUCCUCCUAUUCACCGGACAAUGCAGGGGAGGGAAAUCCCUUUCUACUAAGGAGGUGAAACUUCAGUCCCUUUUCCAGGGACUGCCACUACAGUUGCUCAGCAAAAUGACUGUGAACACUGAGCUGGGGAGCAUGGCAACUAAACAGGACUCUCCUCCCAGGGACCCCAUGCUCCUCAGUCCACAGAGAACUGCUGGCUCUCUUGGGUAUGAAAGCAUGUGUAUGGGCAGAGCGACACCAUACUGAGAUGUUCCUUCUCUGGAACUGUUUUAACUUUUUAUCUCUUUCCCCACCCACAUGAGCCCAGCAGCCCCCUCCUGUUUUGGCUGGGGUGUACGGCAAAUUUCCUCCCCAGACUCGGUGAAGGAAGCAGAGCCGGAACUCAACCUUCUUGUCUCUUAGACCAGCAAUGAGCUCCACUCAGUCCCUCCCUUUUGUAAUUACCAGGUUUCUAACUCAUGUGAAGGACAAAUGAAAGGUGCUGCUGUUCUAAACCACUAGUUUUCAGUACUCAAAUUUAAGAGCUCAAACGACUGUCCUGCUCUUGAAAAUAAUAACAAAGAGCCUAGAAUAUGAAUGUGUUACUGUGGCUUUUCUUUGGGGUCAAAAAGAGGAUGGGGCAGUGUUUACAGGCAGCUACUUAAGUAGGUACAAAGAUGACUGUUGACCAUAUUGGUGCUUUUUGGCACAGACCCCUCUCAGUUCCCCUACUUCUAGGCAGUGUUCCUGGUUUCCUCUUUUUCCCCAUAUUCCCUGGGGAAUCUCCCUCCUACCUGACAUUUGCUGGCUGCCUUUGGGGAAAUGGCCCUCUGUAGCAGUAGGAAGAGAAGAGGGAAUCUGUUAGGAAGAUUAGUAUUUCCUUCAGUUUUUGAUCUUGCACUCAUAGACCUAAAAUGUGGCUCCUGAGCCACCUUUCCCCAGCCUAUUUUUGAGCCAAGCCAAGAAGGUAAAAAUAAGUGGUGAACCCAAAGAAUGUCUACCUGUUUCCUUCUCUUCUCUUUUGGUAUGUGGAGGAGGAAACCUAGGGUCAAAUCAGGAAAGCAUGGAUGACCCUUCCCAUGCAUGAGCCACCAUGGUGCCUUCUGUUAUGUGCACUAUUUCAGUGGCAUAAAAAAUGGGCACAGCUGGCUCACUGGCCUCUCCAGGCAGACAAGAAUCUGGUCCUUGAAUGUAUUUACACUUAUUCUGACAACUGACAAGAAAGUAGAGGAGGAGGAAAGGAGAGGUAUACCAACUCUUCCACUCAGUUACCUCAAUAGGAGUUCUAGUCAGACUAUGUAGGAGAGAAUCAAAGGGGAAAUACAGGCCCCCUUUCUCCCUGGCAACUCCUCUUGGCUAUACAAAGGAGGAUGAAAAUGGACAAGGCACAGUGUUGAGAGGGGGUUGCCAUAUUAGAAAUGCAGUUCUCAACAGCUACUACCAAGUCAGGACUUUCACCCUCCACCCAGGAAGAUGUACAAGCCCUUAGAUGGGUGGUUGUUUCCUUUUAUUGGUUGCAAUAGCAUGCUAAGUCCAACCAGAUGUUUCUUUAGCUCAGAUAUGCAGAAUUGUGUGCUUUCAGGGCUGAAGGUCUUGGCUAUGAUGUACAUCAUGUCCGUACAGGCAGUGCUUUAUGGUUUGUUACAUGUGCACACUCUUGGUGAAGCAGGAGGCUUUGGAAAGAUCUGUUGGAUGGAAAUAUAACUCACAGGAUGAUCUCACUCCACCGUCCCCUGAAGUGAUGCAUGUUCAGGCAACAAAACCUUUACAACAUGCCUCUUAUUUUCAUCCUCUGAGCAAAUUGCUGCAAGGUCUGUGUUUAAUGAAAGUCAUGUUCCUUGUUAACCUUGGCUAUUCACAGCCAGUGCUGCAUUGUGAGCAAUUCUGCAGCUCCUGGUAUCCAAUCCAGCACCAGUCUUGAUUAUUCCGGCUAGUCCAGGGAUGUUUAAUAAGAUUUCCAUCCCCUUCUCCUGCUGCCCAGAAACAACAUUAUGCAAUGUACUGUUGCACUGCCUAUUCCCCUGCAGUCAUGGUCAUUGCAGCCUAAACCAGUGGUGCAAGCUCCAUUUGUCUGAAGUUCCCAGGGAGCCUGCCAACAGCCAGCAGCACAUUAUGUGCAGUGAAUUUUAAAAUCUCUUUUUAGAUCCUUCUCUGGAGGAAAGUGAGAAUAGGCUUUCCCAGAGCUUUUCUCUAGGCCAGGGAAACUGCAGCCAGAAGCACCUGGUUCCUGAUAUGACAAAAGCCAGCCAGCCAUCACCCCCGUGUUUCCACUCCACACCUGAGCUCCAGAUCAUGUAUGCAUGUAGGAGACAACCAGGGCUCCAGAGGUGUUUCACAAAGAAAACCCUCACACAGUAUUUCAACAAGUGAAACAUUUAACUGGCUGUAUUGUAACCCAGACAAGAAAGCUGUGUUCAGCCUCCCUGGGGACAUGAAUACAUGCUUGGAAGUACGGUGAGCAACACUUGGGGUGACCUGUCAAUGUCAUAAAAAACAGAUGUUUAUCCACUCUUAUGCUUGUCUAUGGGCUUAUGGCAGUAGGGUUCACAUCGAGGAUGCAUCAAAAUUCUGUUGUAAAUCAAAACCAGAAUAUAUUCCAAUCUUCAAAAGUGUUUUUUCCCACACCAAAAAGGGAAACUGGAAAUAAAAUAUAUGUUGAUUAUAGCUUUACCUCUGUAAUUUAACAGCAUUUUAGUUUAUUAAACAUCAAAACAUUUUAAAAGUCUAAUUUACUGUUGAUCUCUGGCACAGCAUAAUUGUUUUAGGCACUUUUCUUAUCCUUCAAAAUAUUACAAAAUUAUUGUUAUUAUAUAA